UUUGAAAGUUUGCCCCGCUGGCGCUCUGCUGUGUCUGGCGCCGUUUAUCGCUUGUGCUGAGCCCAGGCUGCGCGCUGUGCCGCGGGCUCCGUUCUUGGCACCUUCUUGUCCUUCCUCCCUGAUAACCUGGUCCUCCCUGUCCUCCCCCAGGCCCUUCCUGGAAGCAGCAACAACGUCCAUGGGAACCUUCGACUCGUCUCUCCGUGCUUGCAAAGUGACUAAAGCACGUGGAAAGGACCUGCCCUGUGCGAGCCGUGUCCCUGAGGUUAAAGGCAGAAGAAGCUGAAAACUCUCUACUCGUUCUGCUCCAAGCUUCCCUGCUGUCGUCAGCAUGGCUGGUGGCAUUACGGAUACCGGAGAGCUUUACUCUCCUUAUGUUGGUCUGGUUUAUAUGUUCAACCUCAUCGUGGGGACGGGAGCCUUAACCAUGCCCAAGGCCUUUGCAACAGCAGGGUGGCUCGUGAGCCUCGUUCUCCUGAUGUUCCUGGGCUUCAUGAGCUAUAUGACUACCACCUUUGUGGUAGAAGCCAUGGCUGCUGCAAAUGCCCAGCUGAGAUGGAAGAGGAUGGAAAAACGCAAGGAAGAUGAUGAGGAGGAUGAGGAUUCUUCCUCUGGAGUAUCUGACAGUGAUGUUCUCCUCCAGGAUGGCUAUGACCGAGCCGAGACACGACCCAUCCUUUCAGUUCAGAGACGUGGCUCACCCAAUAUCUUUGAAAUCACUGAAAGGGUGGAAAUGGGUCAGAUGGCUUCCAUGUUCUUCAAUAAAGUGGGUGUCAACCUCUUCUAUUUCUGCAUAAUUAUCUACCUCUAUGGGGACCUGGCGAUCUACGCGGCGGCGGUACCGGUCUCGCUCAUGCAAGUGACCUGUAGUGCCACUGACAACCACUCUUGCAGUGUGGGAGAUGGCACCAAGUAUAACGAUACAGACAAGUGCUGGGGGCCGAUUCGACGGAUUGAUGCGUACAGGCUGUACCUGGCAGUGUUCACUCUUCUUCUGGGUCCUUUCACCUUCUUCAAUGUGCAGAAGACAAAGUAUCUACAAAUUAUGACCUCCCUGAUGAGAUGGAUAGCGUUCAUCCUCAUGAUUAUCCUGGCUCUCAUCCGCAUCAGCAGAGGCCAAGCAGAGGGCCACCCGUCCAUGGCGCAGCUGUCGGGCAUCCGCAACCUCUUUGGGGUGUGUGUCUACUCCUUCAUGUGCCAGCACUCCCUGCCCUCCCUCAUCACGCCCAUCUCCAAGAAGAGGCACGUCAACAAGCUCGUGCUGCUCGAUUACGUCCUCAUCCUGGCUUUCUACAGCCUCCUGUCCUUCACCGCCAUUUACUGCUUCCGCAACGACACCCUCAUGGACAUGUACACGCUCAACUUCACCAACUGUGAAAUCAUCAACGUCGCCUUCAUUCGCUACUUCUUGGGCCUCUUCCCGGUCUUCACCAUCAGCACCAACUUCCCCAUCAUCGCCGUGACCCUGCGCAACAACUGGAAGACCCUUUUCCACAGGGAAGGGGGAACGUACCCCUGGCUGGUGGACAGGAUCGUCUUUCCUGCCAUCACGUUGAUUCCCCCGGUGCUGGUGGCUUUCUGCACCCACGACCUGGAGUCGCUGGUGGGGAUUACGGGAGCCUAUGCUGGGAAUGGGAUCCAGUACCUCAUUCCAGCUUUCCUGGCCUACUGCAGCCGCAAGGACACGCAGCUGGUCUUCGGCAGCGGUACCGUUAACAAGCACCUGUCCCCUUUCCGGCACACCUUCUGGAUUGUGUUUGUGCUCCUGUGGGGCUUCUCUUGCUUCGUGUUUGUGACUGCAAACAUUGUCCUGAGCGAGUCGAAGCUGUGAGGCCGCCGCGGGCUCCCCGCAGGGCUCCACGGGACACUCGGGCUCUUGGGCUCCUCCGGCCGGGAGGCAGCGCCAGGGGCAGCUUCCAGGCCCCCGGGUUGGAGGCCCAGCUCCAACCUGGACACAGACUUUAUCUGCACUUUGGGUGUGGAGGGAGUGGGCGCAGCCCUUUGCGGUCCCGGUUCAGAGCCCCGCUGUGCCAAGCUGUGGGGCUGAGCGCCCGGCAGCCCCUGUGAUCAGCCCGUGCCCACCCUGCCUGCCUUGAGCUCGGUUCAAGCGCCGCUUCCUCGGCCCCGGGGCCGCCCUCCCUCGGUGCUGCUGGUCUCAGCACCCCGCAGGGCCGCCAGCCGUGGCUGCUCACUGCACUAGUCGGCUCCGUUUCCCUUGCUCCGAAGGCAGGGACCUGCUGUGUGCAGAGUCCCUCAGGAAUUCGGGAGAAACCAACCUGUCUUGUUCAAGUGUGAACCCCACGGACAGCAAACACCUGUGCCAGGGGAGAGAGGAAAUAAAUCGGGGUGGGAAUAGCCCUAACCCUCCUCUUUCUUUUUUAAAAUAUCUGUUACGCCUUCUUAUGCUCUGGAUAAGGAGCACCACGGAUCGCCUGGGCUCUGGGAUCUCUUGCUUGCAAAGAAAAGCCCAGUUUAUGUUUGCUCUUCUCACCCUGUCCUCCUUUGCUUUGGCAGCCCUAGUCCU